AUGUUAGCUGUCUCUAUUGCUGCUGCACCGUCAACACCAGCAACAAGUAGCAACCAGGCCUCAUCUAGCACAAGCCGUAGAGAAGUGCAGGAGGAGGAACUGCAGUCACAACAAGAGAAUGUAGGGAAACCCUCACAAAUAAACAGAGCUAAGAAAAAAAAUGUAAUGUUUCCUCCUGAAAAAAAGCUCCAACACUUUUAGAGGCACGCUCGAGCCCAUGAGGACCAUUGAGAGUUUGAUGCUUGCAUCCAGAAUCUGGUGCGUUGCAUGGCUCUGACAGUGCUAGUAUAUGGGGAACGACACCUGAAACUAGCAGAGGCCCAUGCCAGAUUUGCUAAAGCAUAUUUCAGUUAUCUAGGCUGGGGACUGCAGGCCCAGAAGCACUCGGCUCUUGCAAGAGAGGUGCUAAAUUUCCUGUCCACUUCUCCAAUCACAGGUGAAAAGGUUAAGAUUUUCACAUGUCUUCUAAAUGUAAACCUCACACAAGGUGGUCCGCUCCUUCUCACGGUCAAUUUGCCUGGGGCAAAAUUAUCUUUUCUGAAGACGGAACAUAUCCUGAAGCAGCUUCGUAAGUGCAGUGUUAUCACCCAGGAAGAAAAGAUAAAGACUGAGCUGGAAAUAUCCUCUGGUCUCUGUAGAAUCUAUAAGAGAUAGAACAAACCAAAGAAAGCUUUAAGCCAGUGUCAGAAGUCCCUGCAACUGCUGAUGGACUGUAGUAAUCCAGAGAGGACUUGCUCUGUCUAUAGGGAUAUGGCCACUAUUAAACAGGACCAAGGCCACAGAGCAUCUUUCCAAGGCAAGCGUAUUCAAGCUCAUGCCAUAGCUGUGAGUCAUGGCCUAGAGGAGCUGGAGGGGGCUCAGAUCUCCCACAGCCUGGCCCUCAUCCUUUCUGUUGCAGCAGAACCCCAUCACAAUGUGCCUGAAAUCCAGAGAUCCUUGUAUGGGCGUCAGCACAAGAAGACCAAAGCAGUAAAAAAAGCUGUGGACAUGCUGGCUAGGGCACCAGAGGUGGCUGAGAAGGAAGGUAAAAGGAAAACGACCUCAACCUUUCCACUUGUACCAUCCAGUGGUAAUAAUUAAAACUUCAUAACUGAACACACUUGUUUUGUUUGUUUUCAGUGUGGUUUAAAGUUUAGGCCAACGGUUGAUAUUCCGUCAUGAUUGUGCAGGUAACUAAAUGGUUUUUGUCAUCUGGCAGUACUUGAUUUUUUGUCAAUUUGCACUUUAGGAGAAGAAAGUAAAGUCUAAAUAAAUACUCAAACAAAACAUACGCAUAAUAUUUUUUAAUUAUGUUAUAAUAUUGGGGCAGUUUUCAUCUAAGGACUGGAAUUAAUACCAAUAUAAGCAAUGGUCUCAAAGAAUUCAGAAUAAAUCAAUGAUUUCAGUCUCUCCAUUUGACCUUUAUUAAACACUGUAUUAGUCACUCAUUCACUAAUGAAGAUAAUAACCGCAUAAAGUUUAAUAACAAACACUUUAGGUGCACUGAUAUAGUAGUGUUUGAGUUUAAAGAGUAAAUCACAACAAAUCCAUGAAAUGAAGGGUUCUUUUUGUAGAUUGCUAAUGACUUCUAAUUUAUUUUAUUUGUAAAAGCAUGGCAUUCAUGCCAGAUGUUGUAUUUU